AUGUUUUCCUAUCUGCGACCUCACAAACGCGGAUCAACGCCAUCCUCCCCUGCGGAGCAACCACAUUCUUCCUUCGAACCUCCCUUGCGCCUUGACGACCAUGGGCAUCCUCAACGAUGGCAAGAUGUCAGUUCCCCAGAAUCUACAACUACGUCAUCCCCACCAUUCCUCCCUCCCAUUCAGCGCGUAUCGACCGCUGGGCAUGAGCCAGAGCUGCUCGGUGAUCCCAGAUUGAGAGUCUACGAGGGGGUUUCAAGGACACACAAUUGGGACAACUCCCAAGGGAACACACGCUCGCGAGAUACGUUCACACACAGCAAUCACCAGAGAAUACCAUUCGGGGGACAACAACGACCAGAGUCGGCAGGAAAUGUUGCUCCCUCAAAUUAUACGGCCUCGCAAUAUGGAAGAGCACCGACUGCGAUGAACCAUGAAUUCAUCUCCAGCCAGAAGUCCCCCGAGUCAGCCCAUAGUUUUGGCACAUCUUCGGAUAUACAAGAGCGAGGGAGGGAAACAGGCAGACGACCGACAGGCGCAAGGCUUCCAACUCCUCCGCCUACGGUUGCGAACACCACAUCGAGAUUCGAGCCGGCCCAGCAGAAAUCGGGAAAGACAAGACUCAAUCUGCUCAAUCCAAUGUCACUUCUUGCUCGGAGGAGGACGUCAAACAUAGUGCCACAACUUUCCGUGGCUGCGGAUAGAGCAGGGCAGACCCCAAAUGUUGAUUUUCGGAUAAAAGGCACAGUUGUUCACGAUUUCAGCGCCCCUCGACAGAGAAGGAAUGUUUCAUACAAUGAUGUACGCGCAGAAGAAGCCGGUUUUUCUAGGCAGCGAAGUCCCAAUCCUCAACACACAGACACGGAAGAUAAUGCUACUAGUCCAUGGAGUGGAGGAAAUCAUACACCAGUAUUUACGGAGAAUUUCGAAGAAGAGCAAUACCCAGCUGCUGGACCACAUGUUCGAAAAGCAAGUGAUCUGACAGAUUUACCGCUACCGAUGCCUCCAUAUGCCAAAGGCGCGUCGAGACCGAUUGAGCCAAAUACAACGUCAAAAGGCAAUGAGGUGCCACAGAAGCAAGUACAGGCCCAGAGACAGACAAGUGCACGGAAACAAGUUCCUCCCUCUCGUGCGCCGCCUGUACCUCCGAUACCAGAUGCACCUGUUGAGCAAAGAAGGAUCUCGAUAGACCCCGCUGUAGGAUCACCAAAAUAUAAUUCAUCCGCAAGGAAAGGGCGGCCUCGCAAUCUCUCAGAAGUAUCAGCUAAAGAUGCAGCUAUCCCGAAACAUAUGAAGAGCACAUCUUCGCGUUUCAGCUUCGAUAUGAUUGGUGCUGCCGAGCAAGAAAGGCUACUAGAAGAUAGGCAUCGUCAGCGCGCUCUGGAAAAGAAAGCUGAGGAUAAUGAUGCGGAUGAUGGUGGGGAGUUUGACGAUUUUGAUUAUGAUAAUAUGAUGGAUGAUGAUGGGUUGGAGGAAAGGAUACCGGGUGUAAAUGCUGAUCUAGAGGAUGAUAUGGAUGAGUAUGAGGAGCCGAUUCCGGAAAUCAAUUAUGAUUUCGAAGAGGAACUUGAAGAAUCAAUUCCCAUGACCAAUGUGGAUGUCGAGGAAUUUGAGGAUCCAAUUCCGGAGGUUGACCCUGAUAUGGAGGAAGAGCUUCAAGAGCCCACUCCUGGAGCAACUGCAGAAGGCUUGCCAGAGGACAAUGAUCGUCUCGGGGGUUUUACUUUCCAGCUGCCUUUAGCUCCUCCAUUGAGUCCACACAGCCCUGGCAUGGUGGAAACUCCACGUGAUGUGAAUGGCGAAGUUAUUGGGUUUGCCAUGACGAAGAAUUCGCCGCAGAUUCCAGGCACUCUUAACCAGGUCUCGACGAUGUCGACGAUAUCACCUGUCUCUUCAGCAUAUGGCAAUGUAGUUACCGCGGACGACAGAGUGCACGGCUUAGGACUCCAGGGGCUCGACACCCAAAAGGAGGGGAACGAGAUCACUUCGCCUGUUCUUGAACUGGACUCGGACUUUCCCGAGGCGUUAGGAAUCGACGACGAUGAUCUAUAUUUUGACGACGGUAUUAUUACUGGGACUGGGAAUGUGGGUGAUGCUAUUGAGUUUGAUGAAUCUGUUUUUGACAACAUCGACACCGAUCAGUAUGGGAGACCCCUGAAGCCAUUUUCAACGUUACCUACGCUCUAUGCACCUCCAACGCUCGCUCCAGAUACUUCACCACCCUUGAAAAAGAUUGACGAAAAUUCUGCAGUGGAUGAUAUGACUGAAAUUAUUUCGUCCGCUCUACCCCCUGCUGGAGGGUUGGCUCCCCAACCCUCAGUAUCGGAACGCGUCAAACCACAGCAGUCUAUCGCAUCAUUACCCACACACGGCCUGACUGAGAACAGCCUCGCCGCCUAUCAGUCAGCUCUAUCCGCAGCAGCAUUCGCAGCCGCCGCCAACGGAAAAUUCCGUCGUGAUAGCGCCGUAACAAACCCAACAUCUUCCGAACAAGGCGACCCGCACCCUGGCCUCGUAACAGACUCCAGCCACACCUCGCACUACGAGCCCUUCUCCCCAUCCUACGAAAUAGAAGAUGACUUCGACUACGACGAUGUCCUCGAUGAAGACGACAUUAUCGCGGCCGCUAACGCCGAAGCUCUCGCCAACGACUGCGAUGGAUUUUACGGCCAGGAAUUUGGCUUCUACUCGGCGCCCGCCGCACAAGAAGCCGAGUAUGCCAAUGGCGGUUAUUUCGGGCCGCGUGGCGUAGAGGGUAUCAAUCGUUCUCAGAGUGGUCGUGUCGUUUCCAGAGAGCCGAAUCUUACCCCUAUCACCGAGCGCAGCGAGUACUCGAAUCGCAACUCAUUCAUGUCGCUCAACAUGCAUGGACCCAGCUCGGUUACUAGCCCCGGUCUCGCGCAGCUGGCUGGUAUGAUGAGUGCGCAGGAAUUCGACGCAGGCGGUGAUAUGAGUCUCAAUGCCCUCCUCAAACUCCGCCGUGGGGCAUGGGGUGGCAGCCAGGCGUCGCUGCAUAGUAGCAAUGGCAGCCCCAAGAGCGCGGGUGGGCCAGAUGAUACGAGUCCUAGCGGCACACAUCCGCCUUGGGCUCAAGGAGGCGCUGUGGGAAAUCCUUCUUCAAACCAUAGAAGGAAAAACAGCGCGUUCAGCUUAGCAAGUGACACUGAGGAUUCUCCUCCGGGCAGUCCGACGCUUACGAUGAGUAUACCGACCCAGGCAGAGGAUGCUACGGGCAAAGAGAAUUUUAAGAAACAUAAACAUAGUGGGAGUACGGGGAGUAUCUCUUAUCUAAAAGAGGAGCAUCCCAUUACUGGAGAACGCUGGAUACUUGAGCGCAGAAGAACGGGCGAGGAUGGCGGGGUGGAAGUACUUGGGCGAGAGGUGGUGAAGGGCGGGAGGAUAUAA